GUAGUAAACUGAACGGAACCUCAGUGUAUCGGAACGAAUUUUGCCACUUCCCCAAUGAAAAACAACCCUUGUGUACUUCCUUUACGAACCGGAAAAUCAGGCUUAAAACUGCGUGUGUAGAUGCUCCAGUUGGAGAUUGUUUUAUGUUUGCGUGCCAGAAAAUCUUUAAUCGGACUUGAACGAACAGUCAUGGCAUGCAUAAUCAUCUAAAACCCUAAUAUUGAAUCCAGAUACAUUUGCGGAUUUAAUGCUAAUUAGGUGGAGUUCAUACAGUUAUGCGUGUCGAUCACUUGCUUUCCGAUUGUGUAUGAUGACACGAAAUUAGACUGCCAGGAUGGCAAACGACAACCAUCGUAGUCAAAAGGUAAAAAAUGAUGAAAGAAUUAAGUCAAAGAAGAAGAUGGCAACACAAGAUGCAUCUCCUGAAACAUCUAGCUCAAAAAGGGCAUCCAGAGAAACAGCAUCCAGUAAACAGGCAAAAGAGAUUCCAAGUAGUACUCGUAAGUCUAAACGAUUGGAGAAGAAUAAACCAUCAGAUAGUCCUCCAAUUUUUAGGAAAUCAAAGAGAACCCAGGAACAGAUGACAACUCCUCUGAAGAGGUAUGAUAGACGUAAGAAAAACACCUCUGUAGGUUCUUCGGGAACAAAGAAGCUUGUUGAAGAGCCUACUUCAUCAAGUAUGAAGUCAAAGAAUGAAAAAGUUAAAAGGAAUUUGAAGAUGGACUCUAAAGAAGAUAAGAGACAAGAAAAGCAGAGUUUGGAUGUUGGUGGUAGGAAAAGGAAGAGAGCAGCCACCAGUUCUGUUGAUAAGGCUUUAUCUAGAUCUUCACGAAGAAGAACUGAAGCAAGUAAUGAUAAUGAUAAAGAAAGUCAAGAUGAGUCAUCUCAAGCUACUUCCAGCAGCAACAGAGAUGUGGAUAAUAGCAAAAACGAAAAUAGUGGCUCCAAGUCUGUGGAAAAUAAAGGUGAUGAUGAAGUUGAAGAAUGCAGUGAUAGAACAGGGGAAGAAUCUGCUCAGAAAGCCUCUGAAGCGCAAUGCAGCACGUCAAAUUCUAGUCUUACAAACUUUAGUGUAGAAGAAAUAAAUGAUCCCAUUGAAGUAGAAGAAUCACCAAAUAGCAAAACAGUUGAAGGAGACCCCAUUGAUGCUGUAAAAGAUAUAUCAAAUGACAGAUUUGUGGAUUUAGAACAAGUAGAAGCAGAACAUGUUGGGUCCCCUUCAAAAAAAUCCAUUCAUGGUGAGUCUAUUGAAAAUGGCAGUGUGACUGUGACACCAAAUAGUGGCAAAGGCUCAUCAUCUUCAAAAAAGACAGAUCCUGAUGUUAGCACAGAUAUUAAAGAAUUUUGGGUUCCUGUUCAGAUAUCCAAUGUGCAGCUUGAACAGUAUUGCUCUAUGCUACUUACAAAUGCCAUGGCUCUUAGUUCAUGUUCAAAAAGUGAUACUGUUGGUGCUCUUCAUGACAUUCUUGUUUCUAAUCGCAAGUGUUGUGAUCACCCCUACAUUGUUGACCAAUCUCUUCAAGGUGCCCUUACAAAGGAUCUUGAGCCUGCAAAGUUUCUAGAAGUUGGCAUAAAAGCAAGUGGCAAACUACAGUUUCUUGACCUCAUACUUCCCGAGAUGAGAAAACGUGAACUCAGAGUACUUAUUCUUUUUCAGCCUUUAAGUGGUUCUGGAAAAGAUUCAACUUCUAUUGGAGACAUAUUGGACGAUUUUGUUCGUCAAAGAUUUGGUGAAGACUCCUAUGAGCGUGUUGAUGCAGUUAUAACUACCCCUUCAAAGAGACAUGCUGCUUUAAAUAACUUCAACAAUAAAGAAAUGGGUAGAUUCAUCUUUUUACUAGAUUAUCGCGCGUGUCUUCCAAGCAUAAAAUUAUCAUCAGUAGACACUGUAAUCAUAUUCGACAGUGAGUGGAAUCCUGCAAAUGAUUUAAGAGCAUUACAGAAGAUAGCAAUCGAUUCACAUCAAGAACAAAUCAAGAUUUUCCGGUUAUAUACUUCAUGGACACUAGAAGAGAAAAUUCUCAAACUUUCAGAGCACAAUGCAACUAUUGAUAAAGGAUUACAGAGUCUAAGUAGGAACACAUGUGAUGCAUUACUCAUGUGGGGUGCUACAUAUCUUUUCAGCAAACUAACCGAGUUUCACCAUGCAAAUACAUCAUCUGAAGACUGCUUUUUGAAUGAACUGAUGGUGGAGUUUUUAAACUUGAAUUCUGACAAACAUUAUCCAGCCAAGUUAAUAAUUACAAGAGUUCAACAAAGUAGAGAAAAUCUCCCAAUGCCAAAUGAGUUGCCAGAUGGCGAACAACCGCAUACAUUUUGGAAAAAAUUGUUGGCAGGAAGGGAUCCAUGCUGGAAGUAUUUGACUACUUCAACUCCAAGGCAAAGGAAAAGACCACAGUUUUAUGAGUCAAUUGAGAAAACAAAUGCUAGCAGUGAUGAUGUUGGACGCAAACGUAAAAAGACUACACCUGUAACAGAAAAAGGUGAAAUUAAAGAAGGGUGUACAGUUAUUUCCAGUGAUGGGUCACAACUGUCCCCUGGUGAUAGCUUUUCAUGUGAUGAAACAAGCUUUCGACACCUUCUGAAGCUCAACAUAUCUGAACUAUGUCGAGUCCUGAAGCUCUCGGAGGAAGUGAAGAAAAUGGUGGAAAGAUUUCUUGAAUAUGUUAUUGAGAAUUAUCAAGUGAACAAGGAACCUGCAAAUACAGUGCAGGCGUUCUUAAUAUCUCUGUGUUGGAUUGGUUGUGCAUUGUUAAAGAAGAAGGUUGAUAGGAAACAAAGCCUUUCUGUUGUGAGGAAGCGCUUAAAUUUCACUUGUGAAGAAGAGGAAACAAACUCAGUGUACUUGAAACUGGAACAAGCAAAAGAGAUGUUUUUAAUUCACACACACAACCAAAAGAAAAGUAAUGAAAUUAAUAACCCACAUGUCGUAAAAGUAGAGGAGAUUCGAGGCAGCCCAGAAGAUGAAUAUGUGACUAUCAGUCCUGACAUGUCAGAUGUUCCAGAAGAUCAGAACGAUUCUCACGACUCCAAUAAUAAUAAUAGUAACUCACACCCACACUCACCUCCUGCACCUGCAUCACAGCAGAAAGUAGCACCUCCUGCUCCAGUUCAGCCUUUAGUUUCUCCAAAUCAAGAUAAUCUGCAAACUAAAAAGGAUGCUGAAAAAGUUGAUGAUGAUCAGAAUCAGAUUAUUUCAGAGGCUGAACAACAGCAUAAUGAAGCACCUCCUCAAGUUUUAGAGACUACUGCAGAUGACCCAAAUCACACUGCUACACAAUCUUGGCCAAACCUGUUUAAUCAUCUUCUAGAAUUUGAAAGUCAUAACCGUGGGCUCGGGCCCACACGAAUGCUGCCAUCUUCUACUGAUCCACUUCAAGCUGAGUUGGAAAAAUUAAGUGAACUGAAGAAUACUGUUAACAAUUUUUAUGAAGCGAUUAAGGUGAAGCUAAAAGCUGAGUAUGAGAAGGAAAGAGCAGAAAUUCUUGCUCGGCUUAAUCGUAAAUAUGAUGAUAAAUCUCAUAAAGCUGAGCUGGCGUUUCACACAAAAAAGAAUGAAAUUGAUAUCAAUCUUAAUAAAGUGGUAAGGAAUAAAAUAUUGGCCGACGCUUUCAGGUCAAAAUGCAGAGAUCUCAACCCUUUUGACCAUUCCCAAAUACAAAUUUUUCAAACAGGAGAAAUGCAGCAUCUGCAUCAAUUUCAUGGUCAACAUUUCUCUUCACCAGGUCAAUCUUCCGGAAGCAACAAGCUGCACCAAACACCCCAUAUUGUUCAUCAGUCUGCAAAUCUUUUCUCACACACACCUACCAGACCACAAUCUUACCCCAACCCAAUCACCCCACCACCAUCUAACAUCAGCACCACCAUACCACCACCUACCAACAGCCCCGCUACCAGACUACCACCAAACAUGAACCACCCUUCAAGCACACCACCAACUAGACCACCACAAAUGAGCCUCCCUUUAAACACACCAAACAAACCACCACCUAAUAUAACCUCCACCACCCCUUCUAUCAGAAACACACGAGUAACUGGUGAAAUCCGUGCUCCGGCCCCACAUAUUCGACCUUUUAAGCCUUCAACAGAGCAGAGGGUGAUGUUAGGUCAGCAUGGAUCCAGCAGCCUGCCGCCAUCCUCCACCACUUUUUCUCAUACUCCGUCUAAACCACCACUUGCACCACCAUCACAAACACCAACAAAUCAUACCAGCAGCCACCCUACUCAACCAGUGCCAGCAGCACCAUCAUUACAAAUGCCAACAAACCAUAACAGCCACCCUGCUCAGCCACAGCCAGUAGCACCACCUCCACCAUCUGAGCAGCAUCCACCUGCCACAUUAUCAUCCUCACUGCCACCUAUGCCAUCGGUAUCCGUAAGUCACACUGGUCUUUAUAGCUCAUCAUCACCAUCAUCAUCAGGUGGUUUUAUGAAUUUGCUUAUGGAUGUUGAUAAAGAAGCUGGUUUUCAUCAGAAAGAUAAUGUGUUGCCGAUGCCAUCUCCAUCUCCAUCUCCAUCUCCAUCUGAGGUAUUUGGUAAAUGUGGCGAUGGUGACCUAGUUUGUUUGUCGGAUGAUGAUUAAAUGUAGUGUUAUAGUUUCUAGACCUGUUCUUUUUAACAAACUUUUCUUUCAAGAAAAUCCUUACAUUCGCUGGUAGACACUAGACGCUAGAACCAUAUUUUUCUCUAAACCCGCAACAAUGAUUAAUCUCCGAUUUUAUAUUAAUAUACAAGAUAUAGUUUAAUGAGAG